AUGAAUACCCAAGACACAGAUAUGGUAAGUAAUUCUAAAUCAUGCUUUUAUAUUUAAAAUUUUAUGUUUUUUACAAUAUAAAUGUCUAUGGGGUUGUUUUAUUUCAAACUGUCAGGGUCUGUAGUAUAGACUGUAUGCCGUUUGUAUUUGUUUUUAUUUUUAACAAUGUAAGGGUCUAAUAUAUAGAGUCUGCACUGUUUGUUUCCGUGUCUGUGUGUUCUAAAACGUUACGUACUGAAUAUAGUCAUGUUUUUAAUGUAGGCAAAAUCCUUAUCUAGGCAUUUGCGGGGCUUGUCUGUGUAUGUUGGUGAAUAUAUGUGUUAUGCUGGGUUUAUAUGUUGUAUAUAUGUGUUAUGCUGUGCUUAUCCGUGUAUGUUAUAGCAUAACAUUUUUAAAAUAAGAUGUGAUGAUACAUCAUCAAUGGGGUUGUUUUAUUUCUAACUGUCAGGGUCGGUAGUAUAGACUGUGUGCCGUAUGUUUUUGUGUUUUAUUUUUAACAACGUAAGGGUCUAUUAUAUAGAGUCUGCAUUGUUUGUUAGUCAUAUUUUUAAUGUAUGCAAAAUCCUUCUCUAGGCAUUUGUGGGUCUUAUCCGUGUAUGUUGUUUAAUAUAUGUGUUAUGCUGGGCUUAUAUAUGUUGUAUAUAUGCGUUAUGCUGAGAUUAUCCUCGCAUGUUAUGGCAUUACCUUUUUAAAAUAAGCUGUGAUGCUACAGCAUCACCCAUAUCACUGUGGCUGUUAGGCAUCUCACUGUGUCUGUUUUGUCAAACAACCGAUUGUGGUCAUUCAUUGUAAAAUGCUGACCUAGUGUUCCCUUCAUAAGCGUUCAAAUACUUUAUCACCUUUCAGGCACAAAUCAGUCCAACAACGAAUGAAAACGAGUUACACAGAAGGCUCGCGGUCGCCUCACAAGGUUGUAAAUUUUCUAUAUUGAUAAGCGUUCUAAAAUUCUAAACAUUUAUUUUGAAGUCUUUUAUGCAUAAAAAAACCCCAAAAACUAAGGCUUAUUGUAUUUUAUUUAUUUAGAUCCUUUGAAUACUAGAGUAUUGACUGACAGACCCUCCAACAUACAUCCACAUAGACCAUUAAAAGCAGGUAUGUGUUUAUAUAACGUUAUAUGCGGUUGUAUCAUCCCCGGUUUUAUCCCUGCGAUAAUUAUAUUUCUAUUUAUUUUAGAAACAACCGUAAAGAGUACAAAAACCUCAGCAGUAUCUAAUGCAUGCACAGACAUUAGCCGCUUACCAGCUGCGGAUCACGGUCGUAAGACAUACAGCGCGAAUGCCGGAGAACGCAGGGACUGCACCCCGCAUAAACUAAAACAGGGCAAGUAUACGUAUGAGUUCUUUGUUUAUUUGUAUAUUUGUAUACUACAUAAAUAUAGUAUAUUUAUUUGUAUCUUUAUUUACUACAUAGAUAUACCUGUAUGUACAUCAGUGUAUUAAUUUACUCAUUUAUUUUUGAAUACAGUACCAAAGUUGUCUAUAACCCGGAUCCGCUCUACAAGAGAUAUUCCAGUCACACGUGACGAUGAACAACCGUCAACGUCGACCUCAGGGGUUUUAAGGCAGCGUCCAUCUAGUGCGGCAUGCGUCGCAAAGGAGCCUCAACAAAUACAUUCAUUAACCACAACAAAACACACAUCUCGGGGUAAGCCAUCAGUCACAUCACCAGGCAAUGUAUCAGGGUGUCGACAUUUCACUGUAGCAUCAAAUGUACCUGUGAAACAAUCCAUUACCCCUGUAAAAGUUCCUAUACAACCAAUCCCUAAGAAAAGUAGAUCUGUUUUACAGGAUAUAACACAAACCAUCUGCAAUGAUAACAAUAUACAUAGAGGGUCUACAUCACCAGCAUCCAGAAAUACCUCUGUGCCAACACCAAAUUUACUGACCCCUGCGUGA